AUGGAUCGCAUAGUGGUUUCGAGGUCACUAAACCCGUAUGUGAAUUUGGCGAUAGAAACAGUUCUUUUCAAAUCGUCCCCCAGUGCUCGCAAUCUGCUUUUUUUAUACGUCAACAAGCCCUGCGUUGUGUUGGGCCGAAACCAAAACCCUUGGAAAGAAAUCAACUUGCCCGCCGCGUUUCGUCACAAUGUGCCGGUGAUUCGGCGCCGAUCCGGAGGUGGGACGGUCGUCCAUGACGAAGGUAAUGUCAACUUUUGCGUACAGACCUCUCGCGGUGAUUUCAGCCGGACAAAACACAUUGAGAUGAUUGUGACAGCGUUACGAGCCAAAGGCCAGAGCCUGGAAAUAAACGAGCGUCACGACAUCAUUAACGCAUCAAACCAAAAAGUAAGCGGGUCUUCUUAUAAAAUCGAGCGUGAAAGAGCCUACCACCACGCAACAAUGCUUCUAAAUGCUGAUCUUCCCCGUAUCCGAGCGGUGCUGCAUCGCACCUCUGAUCUUGGAACUAUAAGCGGACUAGGUACAGACAGUGUACCUUCCCCGAUUGCUAACUGUGGCAUAAGUCGUCAAUUAUAUAUGGAUACAUGGAUUGAGGCCUUUCAGCAGCAUUACACUCCGGUAGAGCCCGAGUUCGUGGAUGAGAAGACCGUCCUGGAAUUAUCUUCGGUUCAAGAGGAAAUCGCUGCGCUAAAAUCAUGGCAUCUAUAA